AUGAAGCCAGCUUCUCGCAUCAGCGGUGCGCUCCUCCGUCGUGCCAUCUACACUCCAUUGCGCGCCCACUCGCCCGCCAAUGGCAUCAUCCCCAGAGCGCUAGCCGUCAGCAAUGCCUCUGCCAUUCGAGCCUAUCGCCCGUCAAUGCCACUCAGAAGUAUCAUGCCAGACUCGGAGAAUCCUCCUCCAAAGGAAAGCGAGAGCAUUGACGAGCCUACUGUUCCGACCGACAUCCCCACAUCCGAGUUCCACGAGCGAGCAGACCAUUAUCUGAACGAACUUGUACAGAGACUGGAAGAGGCACAAGAGAAGGAACCUAAUAUCGAGGUGGACUACUCGGCUGGCGUCCUCGAAGUGACGGCUAAAGAGCACACGUUUGUGUUGAACAAGCAGCCCCCGAACAAGCAAAUCUGGCUCAGCUCCCCCAUAUCUGGACCGAAACGCUUUGACUGGGUCGUGUCACAGGAGGGUAUGGAGUUCAAGGAAGGUGGUGGCCAGGGAGAUUGGAUAUAUCUGCGCGAUGGAAGUUCCCUCACGGAGAUUCUUAGGAAAGAGUUGGGCGUGGAUGUCAGUGUGGAUGACCAGGUUCCGCGCUAA